UUCCCUUGUCCCUACAUUUAUUCACUCUUCUCUGCCGCCUCUCAUUUCUGAGAUCUACGCAUUUUUUCAAAUUUCUGCAUCUUUCUUCAGAUCUCAGUUUCAAAAAUGCGUGAAAUCCUUCACAUUCAAGGUGGACAAUGCGGCAACCAAAUCGGUGCCAAGUUCUGGGAAGUUGUUUGUGCCGAACACGGCAUUGAUUCCACCGGACGUUACAACGGCGAUUCAGAUCUCCAGCUUGAGAGAAUCAAUGUCUAUUACAAUGAGGCUACAUGUGGAAGGUUUGUUCCUAGGGCUGUUCUUAUGGAUCUGGAACCUGGUACCAUGGACAGCAUCAGAUCUGGUCCGUACGGUCAGAUCUUUCGGCCUGAUAACUUCGUUUUUGGUCAGUCUGGUGCUGGUAACAAUUGGGCUAAAGGACAUUACACUGAAGGCGCUGAAUUGAUUGAUGCUGUCCUUGAUGUUGUUCGUAAGGAAGCUGAAAACUGUGACUGCCUUCAAGGAUUUCAAGUGUGCCAUUCAUUGGGUGGAGGAACGGGAUCUGGAAUGGGAACGCUUCUGAUAUCAAAGAUCAGAGAAGAAUAUCCCGAUAGAAUGAUGCUUACGUUCUCAGUUUUCCCGUCUCCUAAGGUUUCUGACACUGUUGUUGAGCCUUAUAAUGCUACCUUGUCGGUGCAUCAGUUGGUUGAAAAUGCCGACGAAUGUAUGGUCCUUGAUAAUGAAGCUUUGUAUGACAUCUGCUUCAGAACCCUCAAGCUUACAACCCCCAGCUUUGGAGAUUUGAAUCAUUUGAUAUCAGCUACAAUGUCUGGUGUCACAUGUUGUUUGCGUUUCCCUGGGCAGUUGAACUCUGAUCUUAGAAAACUAGCUGUGAAUCUGAUCCCGUUCCCUAGGCUCCAUUUCUUCAUGGUUGGUUUUGCACCACUGACUUCACGUGGUUCUCAGCAAUACAGGGCCUUGACAGUUCCUGAACUUACCCAGCAAAUGUGGGAUGCCAAGAACAUGAUGUGUGCAGCUGACCCUCGCCACGGAAGAUACUUGACAGCCUCUGCUAUGUUCAGGGGUAAAAUGAGUACCAAAGAGGUGGACGAGCAAAUGCUCAAUGUGCAGAACAAGAACUCGUCCUACUUUGUGGAGUGGAUACCAAACAAUGUUAAAUCUACUGUCUGUGACAUCCCACCGACGGGACUAAAGAUGGCAUCUACGUUCAUUGGUAACUCGACAUCCAUUCAGGAGAUGUUUAGGCGUGUGAGUGAGCAGUUCACUGCUAUGUUCAGGAGAAAGGCUUUCUUGCAUUGGUACACUGGUGAAGGAAUGGACGAGAUGGAAUUCACUGAGGCAGAAAGUAACAUGAAUGAUUUGGUUUCAGAGUAUCAGCAGUAUCAGGAUGCUACUGCUGAUGAGGAGGGAGAGUACUAUGAGGAAGAUGAAGAGGAUCUUAAUGAGGCUUAAUUUGGAUGUAUGAUGCCAAACCCCCACAAUUUCUAGUUGAUGGUCGUUUGGCAUUGACAAUGGCAUUGGAAAGUAGUAGUCUCUGAUAGCUAUAAUAUGCUACCAUGUAAUUUUCUUGUUAGCUUCUAAGACAAUCUGCAGUAUUGUAAUAGUACUUGUUUCUGUUGGUUGUGUUUAAUCGUACUUAUCAUGGUUUUAUGAUGAUGAAGUUACUAUUGCUCUAUUA